CCGUCUGCGGGUUUGGGAUACCCGGUGCUGGGCUUUUCCUCCGUUUACACCCCACGCCCAUGCCUGCGCUUCUGUCCUGUCGCACGCAGGCGCAAUGCCGCCACCAGUGUCAAACAUGGCUGUCCUCUUAGGAAGACCAAAAUGCUGAAUUGUCCCGAUAGAUGCCGUGAGAAAGGGACGCGAUCAUGGCGAGGCUGGCCGAUUAUUUGAUCGUCGUGGGAUAUGAUCAUGAGAAGGCGGGACCUGGAGAAGGACGUGGGAAGAUUCUGCAACGCUUUCCAGAGAAGGAUUGGGAUGGCACGCCCUGCCCUCAGGGACUGGAAAUGUUCUGCCAGCCCAGUGGUUGGAGGCUCUCCCGUGAGAGGCAGCAGCCCUCCUUCUUCACCACGGUGCUGACCGACAGCGACUCCGACCGCCACUACUGCUCCUGCCUGACCUUCUAUGAGGCCGACAUAAACCUUCAGGGAACAAAGGCCAUGUCCUCAGCUGACCAAGAAGACGAGGAGCCAGAGGAAGACGGUUUAAUCCAGCCGGCCGUGCUGUUUGCACCCAAAAGCCUCGUCCUCGUCUCCCGGCUGGAUUUCCCUGAAGUAUUUCGGGGCUGCUUGGGUCUCCUGUACACUGUCUACAUCGACAGCCUUAGCCCUCCACUGGAGGCGCUGGUGGCCUCUCUCCUCACGUGCCUUGUCCCCCUGGCCGCCGGGUCCCAGAAACUCUUCUCCCUGGGGGCGGGAGACCGGCAGCUGAUCCAGACGCCACAGAACUGCAACCUGCCGGUCAGCGGUAGGACUGUCAGCCUGCUCUUCCAGCAGCUAGGGAUCCAGAAUGUUCUCAGCCUCUUUUCCGCUGUCCUGACGGAACACCGGGUUCUGUUUCACUCCACCAGCUCGCAGCGCCUUAGCGACGCCUGUAGGGCUCUGGAAUCCCUCAUGUUCCCACUCAAGUACAGUUACCCCUACAUUCCCAUUCUCCCUUCCUGCCUGCUGGAGAUGCUCAGCUCACCCACACCCUUCAUCAUUGGGGUGCACUCUGUCUUCCAGAGUGAGAUCCAGGACCUGCUGGAUGUCAUCAUUGCUGACCUGGAUGGAGGGACGAUCAAGAUCCCCGAGUGCAUCCACUUGUCCCACCUCCCUGAGCCCCUGCUGAAUCAGACCCAGGCGGCCCUGUCGAUGGUUUUGCACCCAGACCUCGAGAUGGCUGAUAAGGCUUUCCCCCCACCUCCAGCGGCCUCCUCCAAUAUGAAACUUCUGGACAAGGAGGUACGUGCCGUCUUCCUCAGACUGUUUGCGCAGCUCUUCCAGGGCUACAGGUCCUGCCUGCAGCUCACCCGCAUCCACGCUGAGCCUGUCAUCCACUUCCACAAGACGGCCUUCCUGUGCCAAAGGGGCUUGAUCGAGAAUGAUCUACUCACCAAAGUGCUUGAUAGCAUGGCCUUCAGUGGCUUCAUUUCAGAGAGGGGCUCCCCCUACAGGGCGUGCGACAUUUUUGAUGAGCUGGUCGCCUUUGACUUUGAGCGGUUUAAGGAGGAUGAGGAGAGCCCAGUUAAGCUUCAGAAGCACAUCCGUGAACUCGCUGAGCAUCUGUACAAGAACGAGAACCCCAGCCCCCAUACAGCUUUCCAGAAGGUUCCGCGACCCUCCGAGGGAUCACACUUGCGGGUUCACGUGGUACCCUUCCCUAGGCUGGACCCAGAGCGUGUUGAGGCUUUUCUACAGCAGGGAUUGGUCAAGAAUCAAGGUGCCCCUGUUCCCUGUAGUCGUCCUAUGAGGAAGUGUGUAGUACCUGCUGGCCAACCUGUGGUGCCAAUCCUUGGCAAGGCGGGUUCUGUCUUCAACAGUGCCCGAAGACUGGAGGUGGUGAGAACCUGCAUCACGUCCAUCUUCGACAACAAGACUCUGGAGACGGAGAAGAUCCUUCCUGCAGCUCUCCGUGCCCUGAAGGGUAAGGUGGCUUGCCAGUGCCUGACUGAUGAGCUGGGCCAGCAUGUACAGCAGAACCGGGUCAUCUUGAACCACCAGCAGUUCGACUAUGUUGUGCGCAUGAUGAACUGUGCUUUGCAGGACUGUUCCAGCUCGGAGGAGUUCAGUGUUGCCGCAGCGCUGUUGCCCCUGACGACCGCCUUUUACCGGAAACUGGCGCCAGGGGUGAACCAGUUCGCCUACACUUGUGUACAAGACCAUCCCAUUUGGACAAACCAGCAGUUCUGGGAGGCCACCUUCUACCAUGAAGUCCAGAAUCAAAUCCGUGCCCUCUAUCUUAAUUCACCUGAGGAGAAGCUGGGCAUGAUUUCCAAGACGAAGGAUGGGGGUUCCUCUGUCCCAGCUGCAAGUGUUGACUCAGAGCCCACUGCCAUGGACCUGGCGGCAGAACAGCUGCGUGCCUGGUCAAGCCUCAGCAAGGAGAAACAGCAGGAACUGGUCAAGAAUGAGGAGAGCACAGUCUUCAGCCAGGCUAUACAUUAUGCCAGCCUCAUGGUCUACCUGCUGGUGCCUUUGGAUGCCAGCAAGAACAAGCUGCUACGCUCUGGGCCCGGAGCUGAUUGGGAGAGUGGCAGCAAUAGCAUCAUCACCAACAGCAUCGCCGGAAGCGUGGCAGACAGCUUCGACGCAGAGAGUGGCUUCGAGGAUGCGGAGGGCAGCGACACGGCCAACGCGGUGACGCGCUUCGUGGCCCGCUUCGUGGACAAGGUGUGCACGGAGAGCUCCGUCACUCAGGAGCACAUCAAGACCCUGCACAGCAUGAUCCCAGGAAUUGUGGCCAUGCAGAUGGAGGCGGUGGAGGCUGUUCACGGGGAAAGCAGGAGACUUCCCCCCAUCCAGAAGCCCAAGAUCCUUAAGCCAAUGUUGCUUCCGGGGGAGGAGUUUGUGUCGGAGGGGCUGCGUGCAGUGCUGGAUCCCGAUGGACGGGAAGGGGCCAUGGGGGGUCCACACAUCCUGCCCGCUGAGGGGGCGCUUUUCCUCACCAGCUACCGUGUCAUCUUCAAGGGCAGCCCUCACGACCCGCUGGUGGGAGAGCAGGUGGUCAUCAGGAGCUUCCCCAUCUGCACCCUGACCAAGGAGAAGAAGAUCACCGUCCAAAACCAGCUGCAGCAAAACAUGCAAGAGGGCCUGCAGAUGCGGUCCGCCUCAUUCCAGCUGAUCAAGGUGGCCUUCGAUGAGGAGGUGAGCUCAGAGAUGGUGGAGAUCUUCAAGAAACACCUUCAGCACAUGCGAUUCCCGCAGUCUAUCUUCAGCACCUUCGCCUUUGCUGCUGGCCAGGCCACACCCCAGCUCCCCACCAAGCAUAAGGAGAGGAACACGGGCUUUCGCACUAUUUCGAAGACCAUUGUCAAAGGAGCCAAGAAGGCCGGAAAGAUAACCAUCGGCCGUCAGAGUGUGAUCAGGCGAAACGAGCGAGGGAGCCGGUCGACGUGGAACGAGGACGAUGACGUCUCAGUGUCAGACGACGGGGAGGUGCCCUCAGCCACCACGCUGAGGGCCUCGGAGAAGUCCACCAUGGAGGAGCUGGUGGAGCACGCCUGCUUCCGGGACUACCAGCGCCUGGGCCUUGGCACCAUCACCGGCAGCUCGACGCGCUCCAAGAGUGGCGAGCAAUUCCGCACCACUGCUGUCAACAGGAUGUACUCGCUCUGUCGCAGCUAUCCCGCACUGCUCGUGGUGCCGCAGACCGUACCGGACAGCAGUCUGCAGAAGGUGGCCCGCUGCUACCGUCACAACCGGCUGCCCGUGGUGAGCUGGAAGCACCCUCAGACCAAGGCCCUGCUAAUGCGCUCCGGUGGCUUCCACGGCAAGGGUGUGGUCAGCCUCUUCAAGUCCCAGAACCCCUCCUCCGCAGCGCCAACCUCAUCGUCCGAGUCCUCCAGCCUAGAACAGGAGAAGUACCUCCAGGCCAUCUUGAGCGCCAUCCCGAAUCAGCCGAAAGCGAGUGGUCACAGCGUCCUGAGUUCACGCUCCCUAGCUGGUCUUUCUCCAGCCAGUGAGAGGCGAGUGUCAAGAAUCCCCAAGGUCACUCCCGUUCACCUGGAGGCUCCAUUCUCCAACAGCUUUGCCAAAGGAGUGCUUGGAUACAAGGACAAACUAUUCACUCACUCCAACCUGAAAGCAGCUUCGAAAGGGAGAAUCCACAACCAGGGUGUUUGGUCCAGCCUCCGCUCUAGCAACCGGAUCAGCCUGCACCCGACCACGGCCGAGGUUGGCGCCAGACUCGCCGGGAAGGACUAUUUGCAUGGGCUGCCCCCGUCACAUGCACGCCUCGCAAGCCGCCAGGCAUCUCUCUACGUGUUCGGGGAGAAAUCACACCUAAAGGGCUUCAAACCAGACACAGCCCUGGCCUGUGAGUUGGUUCCGGUCGACCUGGCGGACACGCGGCAGGUAAAAGCUUCCUUCAAGAAGCUUCUGCGGGCUUGCCUUCCCAGUUCUACACCCUCUGACUCCCCUGAAGGAUUCCUUAAGACCCUAGAGGAGUCAGAGUGGUUUUCCCAGCUCCACCGGAUCUUGCAGCUGGCUUUGGCUGUAGUGACCCUACUAGAUAUCGGCUCAUCGGUGCUGCUGGGUCUGGAAGAUGGCUGGGACCUCACCACCCAGGUGGCAUCCCUGGCACAGCUGUUCAGUGACCCCUUCUACCGAACCCUGGAGGGCUUCCAGACACUACUGGAGAAGGAAUGGCUGUCCUUUGGGCACAAGUUCAGCCAACGGAGCAACCUGGCCCCCAAUACCCAAGGCAGCGGCUUCACGCCCAUCUUCCUGCAGUUUCUGGACUGCGUACACCAGAUCCACCACCAGUACCCCUGGGAGUUUGAGUUCAACCAGUAUUACCUGAAGUUCCUAGCAUAUCACCACGUCUCCAGCCGCUUCAAGAACUUCCUCCUGGACUCCGACUACGAGCGGCUGGAGCACGGGACACUGUUGGAGGACAAAGGAGCCAAACAGGCUAAGACUGGAAUCUGCAUCUGGGACUGCAUCUCCCGGAUUCACCGGAGAUCCCCCGUGUUCUUCAACUACCUGUACAGCCCCAAGCAGACUGAGGAAGUGGAGAAGCUGGAGCACCGGCUGAAUCAGGCGCCAGAGCGCUGGCAGAGCACGCUGGAGAGGGCAAGGGUGGCCGCCAUGGACGAACUGCGUGAGGUGAGCAGGAUCCGCAAGGCAUCCCUCCCCAUCUCGGGCCUGGCCUCCGCCUCUGCCCCACCCAUCUCCCAGCACUGCCCCCUGCUGCACCUAGCUGAUGACAACCUGGCCGAGGAUGGGGGACACUCCGCCCCCAAUGGGGUGCACCGGCGGGCAGCCACGCUCUACAGCCAGUUCACCCCCAGGACCGAGGAGAACCGGUCGUACGAGGGCGUCCUCUUAAAGCGGGGGGCCCUGCUGAAGGGCUGGAAGCCGCGGUGGUUCGUGCUGGACGUCACUAAGCAUCAGAUGCGGUAUUACGACACGGGCGAGGACACGACCUGCAGGGGCCACAUUGACCUGGCGGAGGUGGAGUCUGUCCUGAUGGCCACGCCCACCAUGGGGGCACCCAAGCACAUCAGCGAGAAGGCCUUCUUCGACCUGAAGACCACCAGGCGCACCUACAACUUCUGCGCCGCGGAUGCGUCUAGUGCCCAGCAGUGGGUGGAUCGCAUUCAGACGUGCAUCUCAGAUGCAUAACCCGUCCCUCCCGUCACAGCGCCGGAGGGAGCACUGGCGCCCCCCAGUGCAGAUGGGUGGAUGGCGCAGGCUGCUACUCUCCCUAUAUGACUGAACACACAGGGGACAGAGACCAGUAUUAGCUAUUAGCUAUCAUCUGCUGCUUACAGAUACAAUAAGAAUGAAGCAGCUGGUUAAGAAUGCAUUAAACAACAAUGUGGUUAUUUGCACUUAAACGUAACAUAUGCAUCCCUUAUAAUAACACCAGCAAGACCAAGCUAUAUCGUUUGAUUAAGCAUUUAUAUGACCAUUCAGGGCAGAGGUAUAAUUUGCACACUAAAGCUCAGCAUAUCGCUUUAAUUCCAUAACUACUACCCAAAAAAAAUAUGCAAAUUCCACAUUAACCUUUAGCGGCUCAGCUUUGAAGUGGUGAUUUGUUUACAUACUGUGUUGUCUCUUAUCUGUGUCAGGGCUCGGUGAAGAGUUUUCAUGUUUUUUAAAACCACGUAUGUAAAUAUCCUGUUCGGGGGCAUUUUAUACUUUUUACAUACGUGUAUCGAAACACUUAUUUUUCCCUAACUGUAGCUGAAAAGAGACGGACUACUUUGUAAUGCCUCAUGCUGACACAGUUUCUCACUCACUGAGACCCACGCAGGCUUGUUUUCCUCCAAAAUCAAAGCCCGGUCUUUCCCCGCAACCUUUCUCAAAAAGUAAGCAGCCAGCCCAUAACUGGGUGAAAUGAUUUAUCACGCCUCCAGUUGUUACGGCCUUUCAGUGACAGCACUGACAUAAUCGGGAUAUCACGUCCGAAGUCCUCGAAGUGCCUGAACUCCCCGCUUGAGGCUGCGUUGUUAGGGGAAGGUGUUGUAAAAUUUUUUAAAAAUAUAGCAACAGACUUCAGUCAUGUGGGCCUGACAGCCUGUCAUUGCUCUAAAACAGCCAACUCUUUUGCCAAAAGUGAGACUAUUAAAUAAACCAGCGUGUCUUGUU